GAGGAAAUCGAGCGGAGGGAGGGCAAGAACAUCGCUUGCAUUAUCCAAAGACUCCUUUCUCGCGAAUCCGAAGCUUUCUGAGUUGCUGCGUGCGCCGCAAGCCUUCCCCUGGUCCACGCUUUGAUGGAGUCUUCGCGGGGCCAGAAGAUCGAGAACUACGAGAAAUGGGGCUGCUGUGUUGGGAUGGUAACUACAAUUUGCACCCUCUGAAGCGCACUGCAACCACGCGAACAUAUAUUCGAACACAAAAGGAAGAGCUAGAAUGCAUGAGAAAAAUGGAGGAGGAGUCGCGGCGCACUACUCGACUAAGCAAUCGACAGUCGUUGAAAAAUCCGCAGUCAAUUAUGGACGACUUGACUUUCUUCGAACAAGCGACAGGUCGACAACGGCUUACUGGAACACCGAAGAAUGAACUGUUAGAGGACACCGCGGAACGACACCGCGUGCGGCGUAGAAGUCUCUUUGUGCCUACAACUUUCGACACGGUUGAUGCGAACAUUGAACCCAACACAAGGAAUAGUGUACAAGCUGUCCAUGCUCGGGACCACGGCCAGGGUCAUCCGCCAGCAACAAGAUCAAGCACGACAUACACAGCUUCCUCGCAAUUUUUUGGUGAGCAAAUAUACAGGUGGACGGCCUACGAUGCGUUUGGGGCACAGCGAUUCGAAAAUUUUGUGUCUCCACACGUAAAGGAUGACGGAAUGCGUUCCGUGACGAAACAGCCCUUAGAUCCGUUGUCCUUGCAGGGCUUUUUUCUGAACACCUUGUGCUCGCGGCGAUCCCUCUUCCGCCUUUUUCA